AUGGACGACGCGCUCCAUAUCCGCCCCGUCAAGGCGGACGGCCGCUCGAGCGCGUCGGCGGCGACGUCGUCGCGCGCCGCCGCCAACCUGAGCAUGGAACGCCUCUACCGCAAGCGCGCCAUCGACCGCGAGAACCAGCGUGUUCUGCGCCAGAAGAACAAGGCCCGGCUGGCCGAGCUCGAGGGCGAGGUGCGCGCGCUGACGGAGCGGCUGGCGCAGGCAGAGGCCGACAAGGCGCAGGCGGCCGCGCGCACGCAGACCUCGUCGACGUCUCUGGAGGGCAUCAUAGCGUCACUGCGGUCGCUGCAAGUCUCGCUGGCCGUGGUGAAUGCAGACACUUCGACGGCCGGAUCGUCGGUCGGGUCGGGCAGUGCGGCGGGCAGCUCGCCGGGAUCGUCGCCGCUAACGACGACCGCGUCGCCGGUGUCAGGCCCAGCAGCCUCGGUAGCAACUACGGUGGCACAGACGACCUCGGCAUCGUCCCUCUCGCCAUCGCCAGCCUCACUCCAGCCAGAUACAAAGCCGGGGCCGAUGGCACAGUCUGGUCACUCGGUCGACCAGCCGAUGGGUGGCACGCAACCGUACGCCGGUGACACGGUUUCCAUGAACCUCGACAACAUCGACUUUUGGGCGCCUGGGGCGACAGUCACUGUGCCUGUCGACGACGGCGUUUCGUUUCAAAAUAGCGACUUUUCUCUCGACAUCGACUUGUUGACGCGGAGUCUGCCGCUGUUCGCGGACGGCCAUCGUGCCCCGUCGCCCACACAGCUGCAACCCUACCGAUAUCCGCAGUACGCGGCCCAGCAUUCGCCGCAUUCACCUCAUUCGCAGCAUUCGCCGCAUUCACAGCAACCUCAACAGCUGCCGCCGCUGUCGUCCGAUCCCCAGCUGGCUUAUCCAUAUACACAGGGUCAUGUCCACCGCAACCCGCCCGGCAGCAUCGACUUCUCGGCGCCAUCGCCGCCUGCGCCAGUACCGACCAGCGACAGUGUCCGCCGCAGUCCGCCCGACGACGCGAGCGCCGUGUACUUGGCGCGUGUCGAGGCCAACCGACUGCGGGAUGUGUCGCCUGUUUGGGCGGUGACGCCGCCCUAUGUACCACCGACAUCGAACGUGGAUGAUGUAAUUAUCAACUUGGUGUACAAGAGAAGGCGAGGCCAGUCGGUGGGCUCGAGGGCCGCCACGGGUGCAUCAUCGACCGGGCGGUCGCUGUCGACGGCGUCGGCCGCCACGACGACAACGACAGGAACGUCUGCCGGCUCGACAGGCUCUACGACACCCUCAGCCUCUGUCUCGGUGUCCACAGCUGCCACGUCGCCCUCCGACGAGUUCACGCACACCCACUUCCCCUCGGUCCAUUCCCUGCUGAACCCCGUUCUCUACGAACCCGACCGCCCUGUCGCGUCGACGAUUGCACGGCACGUCGCCGGCACCGUCAUGGACUACGCGUCCCCCGAAAAAACGGCCCUGCUCUACAUAAUGUGCAUCUACAUCCGAUGGCUCAUCACCCCGACACGCGAACAUUACGACGCCAUCCCCGAGUUCUUCCGGCCGACGGGCGCCCAGCUCGUCGUCCCCCAUCCCGUUUGGAUAGACACGCUCGGCUGGCCGCGCGCCCGCGAACGCAUCGUGUCGCACCUCGACCACACGCGCUACCGCGACUUUGCCAGCAUCCUUGUCAAGUCGCUGAGCAUUGGUUGGCCGCAUAACGGCCUGGAGGGGAUUCUCGAAGCAAAGCCGGAGCUGGCGGGAGGCUCGUCUACUGCGACAACAGGAACAGGGACCGGGGACGGGAAAAACUAUGUCAUAACGCAGGCGUUUGUCCAACACGUGCGGGAAGCCAAGAACUGGACGGUCGGACCGGAGCUGGUGGAGGCGUUUCCUUGGUUGGACGGAGCCGUGAACGUGCGCGGGCGUCUGCCAGUGUCUUAUUCGUGA